CUCGUUGAGGAGUGGGAGGAGCUUCUCCUCUAAAGCGGCCUCUCUCACUUCUCGCGCUGCUGUCAAUCAUCCAUUCGGGACCGAGGGCGGGGCUCCGAGAAGCCUCACGCGGGGCAGAGCUCGAGCGUGGAGCAGAGGCUGAGCAGCUGCGCCCCGCGCGACACGCCGCCGCUCCCUUUCAUGUCACGGAACAGCGCGCGCCAAGUUCUCGGACUCUCGGUAUGCGCGUGCGUGUCCCCCCACGGUGAAGUUUGAGCGCGAGCGCUGUUCUCAGAACGGACCCGGAGAGGAUGAAGAGGCGGGAGCUGUGCGCCGCGUGCCCGUCAGUCCUCUGGAAGCUGCUCCUGCUGCUCAGUGUGAGUCGGUGUAAGGAGAUGGAUGGCGCCGGCAGGGCGCGGCACGCCCCCAUGUCUCCGUCGGACUUCCUGGACAAGCUGAUGGGAAGAACAUCGGGAUACGACGCUCGGAUAAGACCCAACUUCAAAGGCCCGCCAGUCAACGUCUCCUGUAACAUCUUCAUCAACAGCUUUGGCUCCAUCGCAGAGACCACCAUGGACUACCGUGUGAACAUCUUCCUCCGGCAGCAGUGGAACGACCCCCGGCUGGCCUACGCGGAGUAUCCGGAUGACUCCCUGGACCUGGACCCGUCCAUGCUGGACUCCAUCUGGAAACCAGACCUGUUCUUCGCCAACGAGAAGGGAGCGCACUUCCACGAAGUCACCACAGACAACAAGCUCCUGAGGAUCUUCAAGAACGGGAACGUCCUGUACUCCAUCAGACUGACUUUGACUCUGUCGUGUCCCAUGGACCUGAAGAACUUCCCCAUGGACGUUCAGACCUGCAUCAUGCAGCUGGAGAGCUUCGGCUACACCAUGAACGACCUGAUCUUCCAGUGGCAGGAGAACGGGCCGGUCCAGGUGGCCGAGGGUCUGACCCUCCCCCAGUUCAUUCUGAAGGACGAGUCGGACCUGCGGUACUGCACCAAGCACUACAACACCGGUAAAUUCACCUGCAUCGAGGUGCGCUUCCACCUGGAGCGGCAGAUGGGCUACUACCUGAUCCAGAUGUACAUCCCCUCCCUCCUCAUCGUCAUCCUGUCCUGGGUCUCCUUCUGGAUCAACAUGGACGCCGCGCCCGCCAGGGUGGCGCUGGGCAUCACCACCGUGCUCACCAUGACCACGCAGAGCUCGGGCUCCAGGACAUCACUGCCCAAGGUGUCCUACGUGAAGGCGAUCGACAUUUGGAUGGCGGUCUGCCUCCUCUUCGUCUUCUCCGCGCUGCUGGAGUACGCCGCCGUCAACUUCGUGUCGAGGCAGCACAAAGAGCUGCUGCGCUUCCGACGCCACAAGAGCAGACCAAAGAGCGGGGGUGCGGUAGAUCCAGAGGAGCUCGCCGAGUCCCUGCGCCGAGCGGACACGGACGGCAGCCUCAGAGCCGCAGAACCACCGUUUGGAUCUAUGAGCAGCUUCUACAGCAGCCAUCCCAGGGACGAGGUCAGUGACACCAAGCUGACCUCCACGGCCGUCAUGGCCUCCACUCCCAGCAUCAGCAAAGACUCCAAGGCCAGCAUCAACAACGCCGUGGCCCCCGCAGCCAACACUACCCAGAAUGCACCUGCAGGAGGCGGGGGCAGGAGCACGGAGGAGAUGAGGAAGCUGUUCAUCGACCGGGCCAAGAAGAUCGACACGGUGUCGCGGGCCGGCUUCCCUCUGGCCUUCCUGUUCUUCAACAUCUUCUACUGGGUUCUUUACAAGAUCCUGCGGCACGAAGACUUCCACAAGCAGUAGAGACGGCGAGGACGACGGCGGAGGGUCGGCGCCUCGCCCCGCCUCCUUCAGGAGGAGCUCUGCGUCUGAACGAGAAGAUCCACAAACCCAAACUAAACUUUUAUUCAGAGGUGAUGCAGCAAAACUCAGGGACGGUUGACCCACAGCGGGGUGUGAGGGAGCUCCGCCUGAGUCGCGUCUCCAUGGUUACCAACACAUUCCCAUCCAAAGGCCCAUCCUGAUCUCCAUGGAGACGUCUGAAAGAAUUCCUGCAGUCCACGUCUGUUUUAGGAGUGGAACCAAAACGAAGGUCCUCCUGUUGUAGGAGGAGCAGAAUCACCUGGACUCUGGAGGAGGAGAACCAGGAGGAGAACCAGGAGGAGAAUCGGAGCUGCAGCAGACCGGAUCAGGAUGAUCCUCCUCUUAAUCCUGAGGCCACAGAUCUAUCCUCACCGCUGCUGCAGCUCAUGGACUCUCACAGUGACGACUGUCACAUCUGCUCCGUCUCCAUGAGGAGGCUCCUCCUCGUGGCUCCUCCUCCUCGCCUGCAGCAUCUGCUCCGUCUCCAUGAGGAGGCUCCUCCUCGUGGCUCCUCCUUCUCGCCUGCAGCAUCUGCUCCGUCUCCAUGAGGAGGCUCCCUCCUCGUGGCUCCUCCUCCUCGCCUGCAGCAGCUGCUGCCUUCAGCCUUCAUCUUCCUGGUGUUUGUUUCCGUGUUUGUGAUUCAUCUGGUGGCUGCGCUCGCCGCGACCUCUCGUGUCAGGGUUCGUUAGCGUCGCGCGCUGAGCUGCGGAGUGCAAGCCCCUGCUUCACUGCCUUGGAAACCCUGUUGGAGUGGAGCCACAUAACGUUAGGACGCCUCCAGGUUGCUGGUCUUCACCUCCUUCCACAAACCUGCUCCUUCAGGAUUCUGUGCUCGGCUCUGAUCCGUCUCCAUGGGAUUCAGAGAGACAGCGCCACCUGCAGGUCGUCAGCUGCAGGUUCCCCUCAGGGUCUGAGUUCUGCAGGGAGGCGGUUCUGUAGUUCUGAUGCUCGGCCACGCCGGACCUCCUCACCAACCAGGUUUACAGAGAUCUCCUGAGAGGGAGUUCAUCUGAAACCUUCAGGAGUUUCAGCUUCAGUCUGUUCCGUAACCUGAAGAAUCGUUUCAGAUGAACGUCAGUUUGUUCUGUUUGUCUGAUGUUUCAUGUCUUCUCGGGUCCAAACCUCCAGAACAUCCAAACCGCCGUCUCUCUCCUCCGCUCUGAAGCGACUCGAGGGACAGUCGGCUGCAGUUUGUGUCCCGGCCUGCAGGGGGCAGCAGAGGCUGCUGGAGAAGCUGAGCUCCACCUGGAAACCAUUUCUGCAGAAUAAUGAGCCGUGAUGAUCACAGACGGAAAACAUGAUGAGGAAACGUUUGUUCUGAGUCCAGUUUCAUCUUCAUCACAGUUUACAGGGAAAUGAGGAAGACGAGGGUCCUGUUCGUCCCCGUCAGACCCGGUUACACACAGACUGAUGACCCCACUGGUAACGUAAACCAGCCUAUGGCAGCACGAGGGUUCCACCGCUGUGUGUGUGCUGGUCUUUGUGUGGAUCUGGGGUCCAGAUGUGUGUGUGCUGGUCUUUGUGUGGAUCUGGGGUCCAGAUGUGUGUGUGCUGGUCUUUGUGUGGAUCCGGGGUCCAGCUGUGUGUGUGCUGGUCUUUGUGUGGAUCUGGGGUCCAGAUGUGUGUGUGCUGGUCUUUGUGUGGAUCCGGGGUCCAGAUGUGUGUGUGCUGGUCUUUGUGUGGAUCUGGGGUCCAGAUGUGUGUGUGCUGGUCUUUGUGUGGAUCUGGGGUCCAGAUGUGUGUGUGCUGGUCUUUGUGUGGAUCUGGGGUCCAGAUGUGUGUGUGCUGGUCUUUGUGUGGAUCUGGGGUCCAGAUGUGUGUGUGCUGGUCUUUGUGUGGAUCUGGGGUCCAGAUGUGUGUGUGCUGGUCUUUGUGUGGAUCUGGGGUCCAGAUGUGUGUGUGCUGGUCUUUGUGUGGAUCCGGGGUCCAGAUGUGUGUGUGCUGGUCUUUGUGUGGAUCCGGGGUCCAGAUGUGUGUGUGCUGGUCUUUGUGUGGAUCUGGGGUCCAGAUGUGUGUGUGCUGGUCUUUGUGUGGAUCCGGGGUCCAGCUGUGUGUGUGCUGGUCUUUGUGUGGAUCUGGGGUCCAGAUGUGUGUGUGCUGGUCUUUGUGUGGAUCCGGGGUCCAGAUGUGUGUGUCCUGGUCUUUGUGUGGAUCCGGGGUCCCGGCUCGUCCCGCCCCUCAGAUUAUUUCGGUGAACCCUGAGAUGUUGGUGGUUGAUGUUAUGGGAGGAUUUACGUUCAGGUGCGUCACAGGUGGAGACCUGCUCCACGUUCAUCUCGUCUCUCCAGUUUUUGAUCUUUUUCACUUCAUCAUGAAAAUGAAAGUUUAAAGAUCCACAAUUUACCUUUCAUCUCUUAAAGGUUCAUAACAGGUUCUGACGGCCUGAAAGAACUCUUCUUUAAAGUCACAGACUGGUUUAGGAGAAGCAAAGACUCCUGGUUCAGGUAAAGGCUUCAGUUCCGGGUCGGUACCAUUGGGUCUAGCGUUAGAACCUCAGUCAGAACAGCUGCUUUCAAACCGCUGAUGGACUCUUUGGACUCUUCUAUGUUGUGAUGAUGAAGCUGGAGGAACGGGAACCAGAACCUGUUCCAGCAGCUCCAGUUGUGUAUCUGAACUGGACUUCAGCAGAACCUUUCCACACAAGGAAAGCGGUUCUGCAGGUCCGCAUGAAGCUACAGACAGCAGACGAAGGCGGAGAGGACUCGAACCCUCGUCCGCUCUGUCCUGGACUUUAAUGUUUGUCCUCAGAGCAGCAGAACUCCGGGUUCUCCUCUCAAAGUUCUGUUUGUUCAGACGGACCUGCAGCUGGUUGAUCAUUAACCCGACUGAAAAUGCAGGGAUUCUGGGAUGUUCCCUCCAGACCGGAUCUUCAUUCCUACUUCCAGACUCUGUUCUGCUGACGGUCGUUCAGCCAGAGUGCAGGUAAACCGUGAGGAGUUUCCUCGCUGGUCGCCUCGUGAUGUCACUUCCUGUUUCUGUUUGAGUCUUAAAUUAAAAGGUGGUGUCAGGCGGGUCGGGCGUGGAGAGGCAGAGACGGUUCUGCUGGUGGUCCAGAUGCUCCUGCUGCACGUUACCUGACCAGGUGAGUCUGGACGACCGGCAGCCGUCAUGCUGACCUGAGGGCUUUAGGUCCGCCCCCUCCCCCACACCGGGUUCUCAGGAGAAGCUGUAACUCAGUUUACAAACCGACCAGAACCGGGAUCAUCCUCAGAAACUUCAGAGUCUGAAGCUCUUCGUGUUUCUGACAGGAAGGUGGUUCUGGUUUCAUUUAUCCUGUUUAAAGUCCGAACCCGUGAGCAUCAGAACCCUCCAGAUGUUUGAUGGCCUCCAGAUUCCUUUGCAGAUCACAAACGUCUGAGUUGAUCUUUCUCUUAAGAAAACAAAACAGUGUUUCUAGCUGCCCCUCCCCCACCCCCUCAACAAGGACAAACCUGAUGGAGAAGCGGUUCUGAGCGGGUCCAAGCAGCGCCACCGUAGAGGAGAUGCUCAGGUCUUGCUGUGGUCAGCAGGUCCAGCGGCUGGAGGAAACAGAACUUCUCUGAGGGACAUUCCAGACUUCCAGACGGAUCUUCUCGGUUUUAGAAGGUCCGGCUGAUCUGGACCUGAAGGCCUCUGCUUUCUCUGAGUCUUUUUCAGAACCUUCGUGAACCGUCGCCAUCAGACACUGGAGAGGGUUUUCUUCUUCAUGAAAUGUGUUCUUCUGUUCAGAAAGUUCCUGCAGCUCCUGCAGCUCCUGCUGCUCCUGCUCCUCCUGCAGCUCCUGCUGCUCCU